UCAUUAGUCUAUGAUGCUCACAAACAAAAAGAUUUUGAGAAAAGACCAAAAGUGGCUAGAAUUUUCAAAACCAUUCAAACUACUUUCAAAGUUAAGAAUUUUAAAAUUAUAAUACCGUCUCAUGAAAGCGUCACGAAAACUUCGGUUAUUUCAGCUUCAUUGAUGGAUUAAACUUGAGUAAUCUGCACACUUUUCAAUGUGACCUAGGGUAAAAGUGUAUGGCACAUUUGAAUACGUUUAUUAUGAUAAAUAACAAAAUGACGAACAUGAUAGAUUGUCAACUGUGGAUGGGAAGUUUGGAGCCCUACAUGACGGAAAGUUUCAUUUUAUCGGCCUUUCGAAGGAUGGGAGAGAAUCCACUCAACGUCAAAAUAAUGAGAAACAAGCUGACGGGAGAGCCAGCAGGAUACUGUUUCGUUCUUUUCGCUAAUGAUGCAGAAGCUAUCGAUGUGAUGCACAAAUUGAAUGGUAAACCCAUACCCAGUACCAACCCAGUCGUUCGAUUCAAACUCAAUAAUGCAAGUAACAACGGAAGAAGUGUGCCAGAGCGGGAAUUUUCAAUAUGGGUCGGUGAUUUGAGUCCAGAUGUUGAUGAUUACAAUUUAUAUCGUGUUUUCUCAUCCAAGUAUAGUACAAUCAGAACUGCAAAAGUUAUUCUUGAUAAUAGUGGAUACAGUAAAGGGUAUGGAUUUGUCAGAUUUGGUAGUGAAGAUGAAAUGAAAAAUAGCCUGAUAUACAUGAACGGAUUUGUUGGUUUAGGUACCAGAGCGUUGAAAAUAUGCAAUGCAGUUACGAAAUCCAAAGGUGCCCCCACAAAUACAUACACAUCUACUUACUCAACAAACACCGACUAUACACAAUAUUAUGACCCGUCCACUUAUUGGCAAAAUUAUGCUAAUUGGCAAACUCAAGGCUACUACGACCAGAGCGUCAAUACAGCCAGUACUACAGAAACAACAGUCGCGAGUAAUGUGACUCCACAAAUUCCAGAGAAAAAAGACGAUGAUUUAGAGCUUAUUGAUCACACGAUAGUUAUAGACGUUGAAAAAUGGAAUAGGGAUAAAAUGGAACAGGAUAGCAAUCUGUGGGAUGCUUUGGAAGGUUCCAAAUGGAUGUCAACAGAGCAGAUCGAAGUGAAUUGAAGCAAAAUAUCCUUUUUAACAAGAUGGAAACAACACUAAGCAAUUUUAUUAUAAUGAUUAUUUGGACGAUUGUCGCUACGGAAAUUCUGCUGGAAACUUUGAUGUUAUUACUCGAGUAGGUCAUACGAUGAAUCAUGUUGUACAGGUUGUGUACCACCCUCAAAUUGCAUGGUUGAAUAAAAUUGUUUUCAAGGAA